AGAGUGAUGGCCAUACUGUUAUUAUUAGACGCAUAGAUCAGAGACCUUUCAAAAAAUUAAGAAAAAUGGAACCAGUCUAUCCAAAGUCUAUCCUUCGGCUUCUGCUGCUCACAUAGGUCCGCUCAUGCUAUUUGAUCUUACCGAUGCCUUCACCUUCAAGCUCUUAGGUCUCCAAGAGAUCUCAAGUAUGGAGGAUCAGACCAGGCCUUUGGAUGGCACCAUUUGGAAGCUUCCAGGGAAGCUCAGCAGGUUAUUAUGUCAUGGUUGCAUCCUUCCCAAGGGCGUGGAGAAUGAGAUACCCCUCAUCAAGCAUGAUCUUGAAGAAAUCCUAGCCAUUCUCUCAAACCUCGAUGACGACCAUGCUAUGAUGGUGAGAUGCUGGAGAAAGGAGGUGCGUGAGCUGUCCUACGAUAUUGAGGAUUUCAUCAACCAGUAUGAGCAUGCUAAGGCUGGGUCCUGGACUGGAUCCAUUCCUCGCCGUAAGAUUAUUCAGCGGCAUAAUAGCAGGACAACUCUCUAUAGGCUUCGUGAAAAGCUCAGGCACCGCCUUUGGAUAGCCAACAAGAUUAGAGAGUUCAGCGUGCGUUCGCAAGAGGUACUUCAACGGCACAGUAUGUAUAACCUUAACUCCAUUGCUGGUUCUUCUUCCAGAAGAUGUGCUGGUGCGCACUUUACCUCUUCGCAUCCCACACCAUGUUGGGACGGCAACACUCCUAUUGGUAUUAGUGCCACUAUGGACAAGCUCGAAGAGCGGCUCAUGAAAAUGUAUGAUGAAGGCCACCAGAAGCUCAAGGUGGUGUCUAUUGUUGGGUUUGGUGGAAUCGGUAAGACAACACUUGCAAACGAGCUUUAUCGCAAGCUUGGACGGCAGUUCGAAUGCCGGGCAUUUUUGCGGACCUCCCAGAAGCCUGAUAUGAGGAGGAUUCUCAUCAGCAUGCUCUCCCAAGUUCGCCCGCAGCAGUCACCUGACAAUUGGACGGUGCACAGCUUAAUUUCCACCAUUAGGACACAUCUCCAAGAUAAGAGGUACUUCGUUAUUGUUGAGGAUUUAUGGGCUACAUCAACAUGGGACAUUCUAAAAUGUGCUUUACCAGAUGACAGUUGUUGCAGCAGAAUAUUAAUAACAACAGAAAUUGAGGAUCUAGCACUGCAAUCUUGUGGCUAUGACCCCAACUAUAUUUUUAAGUUAAACCCGCUUGGUGAAGAUGACUCAAGAAAGCUAUUUUUUAGUUCAGUUUUUGGCCCUCAACAAGAAUGUCCUCCAGAACACAGGGAAGUUUACUGCGAUAUUAUAAGGAAAUGUGGUGGUUUGCCGCUAGCUAUUGUUAGCAUUGCCAGUAUUUUUGCAGGCCAGCUGAAUGUAAAAGAGCAAAUGGAUUAUUUAAACAAAUCCUUAGGUUGUAGUUUGAUAACAAAUGCUACAUUGGAAGGUAUCAAACAAGUGAUUGACCUAAGUUAUAACAACCUCCCCCAGCAUUUGAAAGCGUGCAUCCUAUAUACUGGUUUAUAUGAAGAGGACAUAAUAAUUUGGAGAGAUGAUUUGGUGAAUGAGUGGAUAGCUGAAGGUUUUAUCUGUGCAACAGGUGGGCAAGAUAAGCAAGAAAUUUCAAGGGCCUAUUUUGAUGAGCUUGUUGGUCGAAAAAUGAUCCAGCCAGUACAUACGAAUGAUAAUGGUGAGGUUUUGUCCUGCGUUGUUCACUACAUGGUACUCAAUCUCAUCGUUACAUAUAAAUCGAUGGAAGAGAAUUUUAUCACUGUGGUACACCAUUCUCAAGCAAAUAGCACACUUGCGGAUAAGGUUCGCCGACUGUCUCUUCACUUUGGUAAUGCAGAAGAUGUUAUACCACCAUCAAAUAUGAGAUUGUCACAAGUUCGGACACUAGUCUAUUUUGGGGUCUGCAGGUGUAUGCCUUACAUAUUACAGUUUCACCUUCUUCAAGUUCUAAUCCUACACUUUUGGGGUGAUAAGGAUAACAUCAGCUUGGACCUCACCAGAAUUUCGGAACUUUUCCGACUUAGAUACUUGAUGGUCUCAUCUAAUGUCACCUUAGACCUACGUACCCAGAUGCAUGGCCUGCAAUAUUUGGAAACACUUAAAAUAGAUGCAAGAGUAAGGGCAGUUCCAUCAGAUAUUGUUCAUUUGAGCGGCUUGCUGAAUCUUAGUCUACCCACGCAGACAAACCUGCCCAGCAGGAUGGGCCACAUGACAUCGCUUCGCACACUUGAAUACUUUGAUCUCAGUACUAACACAAUGGAGAAUGUGCAGAGCCUUAUCACGCUGAGCAAUCUCCGAGAGCUUCAGCUCACCUGUUCCACAGUACAGCCUGAAAAUCUGAAUAACAAAAUGCAAUUCCUGCUGAACUCGAUUGGGAGACUCAGCAACCUAACGUCUCUAAAUCUGGUACCACGAACUUCCUCUUGUGCAAAUUCUCUCGACGAUGCUGGUGCUGCAAGCAUUACUGUUUCUGAUAGCAUCAGCAGUAUGCCUACCCCAACCCUUCUUCAGAGUCUUGAGGUUUCGCCACGAAUUUGCAUAUUUUUGUGCCUCCCCAAGUGGAUCGGGCAACUCUGCAAGCUCUGCACUUUAAAGGUCGGAGUUAGAAAACUAGCCAGGAAUGACAUUGAUGUUCUCAGAGGAAUGCCUCUUCUUGCUGUUCUCUCGCUGUAUGUCCAUACCAAGCCUGCAUCAAGGAUUGUCAUUGGGAAGACAGGAUUCCCAGUUAUAAGAUACUUUAAGUUCAAGUGUUGUGAUCCUUUGCUAAAAUUCGAGGAAGAUGCUAUGCCCCAUCUCCGUAAGCUGAAGCUAGUUUUCAAUGCCCACAGUGCUGAUCUACAGAGUACGAUACCUGUUGGUAUCGACUUCUUGUCAGAGCUUAAAGAGUUCUCAGUGAAAAUUGGUGGUGCUGGUCCUGACAAAUCCCACAGAAGGGCUGCCGAGUUGGCGUUCAGAGAAGCCAUCAUGGUUCACGGGAGAUGUCAAAGAGUCAAUGUACGAUGUGUACAGCACAUUAUUGGUGGUAAGGAAGGUCAGAGUUGCAUAACAACGCAUGAUGACCACGACUCCUAUGAACAUGACGAAAUUAUGCCGGACAACUCCGGACAAGAAGUGCUGUGUGCAGUCAAAGAGGCCGGAACAAUUCCUUUGCCUGGAAAAAAAGAAGGGAACAAUGAUGCUGACAACAGGAAACGUAGGAAGACGCUCGUGAAAGAUAUCUUGACGAGCAGCUCCGAUGGCGAUGAUGGCCACAGCUGGAGGAAGUAUGGGCAAAAGGAAAUCCCCGGCUCAAAAUACCCAAGAGCUUACUUCCGGUGCACACACCGGAACUCGAUAGGCUGCAAUGCGACGAAGCAAGUGCAGCGCACGGAUGGGGACCCGAAUCUCUUUGCCGUCAGGUAUUAUGGAGAACACACCUGCGACUAUAGAUCAGAAACCACAGUAAGAGUGGAAAUGGAGCAGUCAUCAAUCACAGAGCUCGGAGUAAAUUCUGUCAAUCCUUCGACGAGCAGUGCCUGUUCCACUUCAUCCGUCUCCUCCCGCCGGUCAAUGAUCAGGGGCAAUGUAAAGACGAGCAAGCCUGAUGACGACGGCUACUUCUGGAAGGAGUAUGUCCGGGAGGACAUCCUCGGCGCCAAAUACCCGAGAAGUUACUACCAUUGCGUUUGCCGGCACACAGAGGGCUGCGGGGCGACCAAGCAGGUGCAACGCACGGACGCAGACCCGCUGGUCUUCGAUGUCAUCUACAAUGGAGAACACACCUGUAAGCAGACCGCCCACUUCACUGACGAGAAUAAGUCUUUGUCUGUACCACUGGAUCCACCAACUCCCGGGUUGAGCGAAAUGCUUUCUGCGGAAGACACGGCGGAGAUCUCAUUUGACAAAUUCAGAGGGUUGUUCAAUAAUGACUGUCCCAUCAAGGGCAAGAUUGAUGUCGACACUCCCUGGGGGAACAUGAAGCUGCCCAUAAGCAAAGAAGGUGGAACCACUCGCAUCAAGGAGGAGGACGACGGCAAUGAUAACUGAGGACUCGAGUGCUUCUGUUACCAAACACAGAUGAGUAGAUGACACCGAAGCAGGGAGGAUGCUAUAACGGUGGUUGUUGUCGUCCACGGGAUGCCCUUAACGCUCGUUGAGUUCUGAAUUGGUAGCUUGUGGUGUCAGUCGAUCUGCAUUAUCUGAACAUAUCCUCUGUGUUGUAUGCUUUCAGUUAGUUUGGGCUCGUCUGUGCUGUGAAUUUCUUCUCCAAACUUUGUGGUUGGAACAUGAAGAAUAAGAUCCCAUCACCCCUGGUUCUUUGUGGGGUUGGUUGGGAGUGUUCUUUAGAUCCUGAAACGUUGUGCUGCUGUAA